GUGUCAUGCUGGUAUCCGUAAUCGAUCAGUAAAGUGUCAUGUCAUUUUUAACGUGCAAGUGUCAAAAAUAUUCCGGAUUUACGUUAAACAAUAACACUUCGAGAGAAUCAGCUCAGAGGGAUGCAGACCGCGAGAGGAGACUGCGUGUCGACAGCGAGUCCAGGGCCAAGCAGGCCUUGCAGGAGGCUGCCCGCUGCAGAUCCCGACUCAAGCUGCUCACUCAGGAAUUUGCCAGAAUGGAAGAAACAGUUCGAGCUAUGUUGGUAUACAAAAAGCAAGCUGAACAGCUACGGCAAGAGAAAGCAGCAUUAACUUUAGCUUUUGAGAAUCGUUGCCAACAAUAUCAAAGCACCAUUGCUCGAUUGAAUCUAGAAAUCACUAGCUUGCGUCAACAACUUGAUGAGAGCGGUCGAGACCAUAAUCCUGAGGGAAUUCUUCAAGCUCACACUGCCGCAUUAAAACGACACGCUGAAGAAUCUAGAAAACAAUACGAACGAUGCCUAGAUGAUGUGGCCAAUCAGGUCGUAAAAGCUCUACUUGCACAAAAGGGCUUACGAGAAGAAGUUGGAAGCCUAAACGGUAAAAUACACGAAUUAGAGUCGCAGAACCAAGCACUCACGUCCAUGUUGGUACACCAACUACGAGGGGAAAAUCCUGGAUCUCCAGGGGAUCUGGAUUCAUUUCCCAAGCAGAUCGCAUUCAAUUGUCACGAUAAAAGUCAAGAUCAACAAUCACCAGAGAUAUCUCCUUCUCUUUUACUUACAACCAGUUUAACUACAAAACAUUGUAAUUCUUUUAAUUCCGAAAUUCUGGAAGACAGUGCCAAUAACGAUCAAUGCGAGUAUUCUGUUCCUGAGGUAGAUAAAAGACUAUCAGCAGAUAGUGUAGAUGUCUUAGAUACAGGACUAUCGUUAGAGGAUAAAAAGCGACAUCAAGUAUUAACUAAACUUUGGACAGAACUGAAAGGCACCGAAGUUACACCUAAAAAACUAUUAGAAGCUCUAAGUGCUAUUGAUCCAGCCCUCUGGGUGCCACCAAAGCGGCCUGUUUCUCUGAAUCUUCAUUUGCCUAUUUUGCCAACUACGAAAAUUAGGAGAACUCGACCAGUAUUAGCUCAAAGUAAUUCAAAGAGUGAAGAGGAAACUACCGGAAACGAAUCGCCGGAAAGUGGAAACAGAGACGAAGGUUACUCGACAAUGUCCUCGGAUGUUCAAGCCGAUGUUACAAGAGCUUCAAACGAUGCCACACUGCCUCACAGAAGUCUAGAAGAUCUUAAAGAAGCCAGUGAUGAAACAGAUUUAUCUGCAGACAAUAGAUUUCUAACUACUGAUAAUAAAGACCCAGAUAUACUUUACAUUCCUUUAAAUCUAAUAAAUGUAAAACAAAGAAACAGUUUUCCGCCUGGAAAAGAUAUGCUGCCGUUCCAACACAUCAUGAGGAGCUUUUCCGAUUCCCAUCUCUGUAUAAAAAUAACAACAGCUCCUACUCCAUGUUAUUCAUUUACAUCCCCAAUUUCAAGCAGUCCAUCAAUUUUCCUACUAGAUAUUACAGAUAAAGCCCGCAAUCCUCUAAGAAGAGCCAGAGGAACCAGCACAUUAUUAGUCUGCGUUUUAGGAAAUUCCAAUGCAGAUCUCAACGAGGACAAAAUGUCUCAGCUCUCCUGGAGUAGUGCGGCCGAAGAAAAACUGGAAUGCGCAACAUGGGACGCGGAAUACAUUCAACAUUGGUUACGACUAGACGAAACGCGUUCCACGUUGCAACAACAUCGAGAUAUGCUCGAGUUGGAAUACGACCGAGCCGAAUUGGAGGACUGGAGUCUAAGCUUGUCCAACGACGACUUAAGAGAACAGUGGAAGAAAUUGGAUGCUGCUACACCAGGUCAAAUAUCGAUUUCGACCUUACCAAGCAUUCAAGAGAACAACACUCUUGAACUCGAGGAAGACUCGAACGAAUGUCUAUGGAAUAACUCGAGUUAUAUGAUGGAUAAGGAAGGAAGAGAGUUAGUCACUCUUCUAAUGGACAGUCCCAAUGGAGAGAAACAAUGGCCAUAUGCCGUAUCGGCAACUACACACCAACAAAUAUCUCCCGAUAACAGUUGGUCAAGCGGCGCGUCGGACUGUUGUCACUCUCACGAGCCAGAGACCUGUUCAAAAAGAUCGUCUGCCGCCAGCGAUGAUACGGGUGAAUUGCCACAGAUCGGAACUGAUUUUACAAGAGAUUUCUAUAGAUUAGUAAAAUUCGAAAGUACAAAAAGUUUAGCUUCAACAUCAUCAAGAAGUAUCGGUGGAGCAUUAAGCGAGAACGGCGACAGAGAUACUGCUCUACAAAACGUACUAACCUUUAUUGCAGAGCAACAGAAAUGUGCCCAGUGUAAAGAUAGGCCACGCUCGGUAAAUGAUAUUACCAAAGAUUUUAAUAUCGAAGCUCCUCCUCAGAAUUUAGAAGAUAUUAAAAACACUGGAAGCGAUUACAGCAUCCCAAAAAGUGAUUCUAAAUUGAGCGACAACGAAAACUACGUAACGUUAAAACAGUUAUGUGAAGAGUACGAACAAAAAGAAAAAGAAAAGGAAGCUGAGAAAGCUGAAAACCUGAACGAAAACAAUAUUUCGGAUAAAUUAUCAUAUGCCGAAGAAGUUUGGGAAGCAACUUCUUUGGAUAUAGAAAGUGAAAAUUGUUCGAAUAUCGGAGAACAUCCGGUAGAUAUUUGCAGAAGCGUAGAUGUAGAAUUAUCCUCCAUAGAUUACCAAAGUAGUGUACUACAAAACAAUAAAGCUCGUGAUAAAGCUCAUAACGCGGAAGCGACUGUAGAUAGUGAUAAUAUAGUUUUAAACAGUAGUGAUUUAAUCAAAUCAACGGACACAAAUUGUAGUGAUAUUUCUGCCAAUAAUUGUACAAGUGAAUCGUUGACUUCCAGUGUUAGUACUCCGGAAACGGUUGUGUCGAAAAUUCCGCGACGAAAAACUCCUUCCAGAAUUCCAGUAAGCCCGGCCAGAGUUAUACUGAACAACAACAAUAACAGAGAGAACUUGCAAGAGACGAAAUUACCAAAGAGCAAAAUACCCCAUAAAAGCAAUAAACCAAAACCUAAGAAAAUUGUUCACGUUCAUCAAAACAACUCACCUCAACAUAUUAUAACUGCCGAAAAAUUGCCUCAAAGUACCUCAGGUGUCAUUAGCAACAUCAUACAGGGACCUCCGCAUAGAGCGGUCAGUUUUCACGAGAGAGCUACCUCAAAAGAUGUGAUCGACGAGUUGAAUCGUAUGAUCAAAAACGGAGAUGAAAACGCACCUUCCGAUACCAAUGAACAAGCUCAAAGCUCAAAAUUGGACCAAGCCUGUAGACCUACCGGAUGGAUUCAUGUAGAAAAGGAUAUCGACUUAACUGAUCCAAAGGCACGAGCAAAUUUACUAGACGUUAUGAUGGCCUCAGUAUCCAGUGACUCUUCGCCCACAUCUUCGUGUGGUGAUAGUAUCGCAGGCGACUCUCCCGAAGAUCCUCCCGAUUACGGACAUCUUCAUAAAAUCCACAAAUAUCACAGACAGAAGAAAGCCAAGGCGUCCAGACCCGGCCUCACACCAGUUGCCGUAGUGAGAGCUUCAGUACCGCCACCUAGACCUACGAUCAUCGGCCGACCAGACUUCUACGUCCGCUAUGGAGAAAAGGAGAUGGAGGCAGUGGCGUCGUUCGAUUUCUUGAACGAAUUCAGCUCGGCCAGCAGUUCGCUCAGCUGCUCUAUCGAAGGCAGCUUAGAGGAAGUGGAAGAGAUCGCCGAAGUAGACACUGUUCAGGCAGUAUCUGCCUCGUCUUCAAGAGCUGUGAGAAUUAGCCAGGUCUAAAUCAAACCUUUAUAAUAUAUUCUACAAUAUCUGUACUGUAAAUGUAAAUGUUUAAAUGAUAAUAUUGUUAGUUCAUAUUUAUAUCAUCAGAGAAGAAGGUUUAUUGGUUUAAUCAACCUCGAAUUAUGUUACAUCUACAGUAUACAAUCUGAUAUAAAAAUUUGUAUUUUAUAAAAUCUAUAUUAAAAGUAAAGAGAAACAACUCCUUUAUUUCCAAAUUUGUUCUAAUAAUUUUGUUUAACCCUAUAUCACAAUUUUCCACUGGAAUUUUAAAUCUGGCAAUUUGAUAAGUGGAAAUCAGGAAUAUGCCUUAUACAAAAACGUGUAAUAGCAAGAUCUCACAAACUUAUGGGGGUAUUGAAAAUAUGUCUUCGAUUUGUGAUAUUUCUGAUUGCAAAUUUUCAAAUUGGUCGCCUCUGUCUUUGUGGAUACCAAAAUUGAUUAAUAAUGAAGUGGUUUAAAAUAAUCCUCCUUUUUUAUUUUCAUAUUUCAUGAGUAAAAUUAGUUUAUUGCUGGGCAUAUUAUAUAUGCCUUAUUUCGCUUAUCAAAUUUAUAUUUUUGUAGGUUUAUGCUUUCGACGAAUUUGUUCUAUUAUGUAGUUAUUAUAUUAUUCUCAGUUUUGUUUUCACCAAUUUUGGCAAUCAUUUAUUAGAAUUAUUUAACUUCAAUAUUAAUAGUAAAGUUUCAAUAAAAAAAUCAAAACGUUGUAUAGGGAGGUGCAUCUUAAAAGGAAACAUACACUGCAGGAUAAUAAUAAUCAAGCAGGAGAAAAUUCGAGAGAUUUAUUCUAUUGCAUUAAAUAUUUAUUACAAUAAACUAACUUUUAGUAAGUCUGUGCUAUUAGAGCAAAUAUAUAUUUCAGUGACCUGUAAAAUCCAUUUGCCACAAGUUCUAACUCACCCUUCCUUCAAAAUAAACAACUGGGUUAUAAUUAACUGCCCUAUAUUUUUACUCACAGUGAUAUCAUAUGUGUCAAAUACAUAAGCGAUUAAAAUAUCUUAAUAUACUCUGUAUCUACUUUAUCAAAAGAAUCAAUCAAAACUGUCAAAGGUAGAAAUGGAUAUAAGUAUUUACUAUAUUUUCAUUUGCUGUAUAGUUUUUUUUUCAGUAUAACACAUUUUUAUGUAAUUAUAUUAAUUAUGUACGAGUGCGCUAAACAAUACACUUUAGAAUUAUUUAUUUUAUUUGUAGAUGUGUAAAGUUUAUUAGUAACUUUAAGAGAAGAAUUUUGUAAAAAAAUAUUUAUUAUUUAUAUCGAAAUUAAUAACAGAAAAACACUGUUCAAUCCGUUAAAAUACAACAAGUUUAGUCAUAGGUUCUGUAAAUAUUGAUUACGACUUUUAAUAAACGAAGUCCUUAGCAUUAAUCAAAUAAACGAAUUAUAGAUGUGUAGUACAGUUCAUGUACAAUGUGAUAUAAUGUGAAAUAGAUACUGUUUCGCAUACAAAGGAUAAAAAUGAAUCAAACAAAAUGUCAAAGAAAGACAUAAGUAUUACAUAAAAAUGCAAGUGCGUUUUUAUUACCAUACACUGUAAAUUUGACCUACGAUAAAAAUUUCAGACGAAACGCCUAAAAUUUAACAAUAUAGGUACUUAGAGAUCCUACAGUAUGUAUUUAAUAAUAACCAUUUUCCAUCGUUAAGCAAUCACUUACUGAGAAAAAGUUUGUUUUACAAUUUACAAUGUAAUGAUGUCCAUAACUAAACUGUGUGUAGAGUGAUGUAUUUUUAUAUAGGGUACUUAUAUAUUUAGUACAAAUCUAGUUCGUAAAUAAAAUAUUAUCUUUAC